AUGGCUUUCGUUCAGGCCGCAUUCUCCGACCCUAGAGUCCCUCUUCAGGACCGACAAGAAGCCCUGAACCGCGCAUUCGCCGAUCCAGGCCUUCCAGCACCUCACGGCAUGCCCUCUUUCUGGCUCAAAGACCCCCCAUUCUCUGAGCUCGCAAGCUUGCAAUCCGCCGAACUCGCAACAGAAGCGGAGGUUGUGAUCAUCGGCUCCGGGAUUACGGGCGCCUCCAUCGCUAGGACCCUAUUGUUGAACGCAUUUGGCGAAGGAAACCAAGAAAAGAGGCCGUCUGUCGUUAUACUCGAUGGCCGUGAGGUCUGCCAUGGCGCGACGGGCCGGAAUGGGGGCCACAUCCUUGAGACCGCGGAGGAAUUCAGCUAUUUCGAAGAGACGUAUGGAGUGGAGACUGCGAUCCGAACCAUGAGAUUCCGCCUCGCACAUCUGGCGGAGCUGCUUCGAGUGGCAGACGAAUACGGGCUGAGCGAGGUUGCCCAGGCCCGGAAAGUUCAGUUCCUGAGCGUUCAUUUUGAUGACGAGAAGUGGGUGGAGACGGUGCGUUCUAUUCGGAGACUCAAGGAGUGUAUGCCUGCCGAGACGGUGGAAUGGAAGAUUUUCGAAAAAGCCGAGAUCCCGAAGGAGUUCUGUCUGGCCCCAAACGCUCGAGGUGCCAUCGCCGGGCCCGCCGGCGCCAUGUGGCCGUAUCGGUUCGUGACGGGCUUACUGGCCCGUCUGCGCGAGCAGUAUCCCAAGGACCUCCGGAUCGAGACCAAGACGCCUGUAACGGCUCUUCGCGAGAACGCGACAUCCACAGACCCGUCCGCACUGCGAUACUCGGUCGUCACGCCGAGAGGAACGAUCCGCGCACGUCAUGUCAUCCACUGCACGAACGCGCAUGUCGGUCACUUGGUGCCGGGACUGCGCGGCCGAAUCUACCCCAUCCAAGGAACAAUGACGGCGCAGAACCCAGGACGCAGCUUCCGACCACAGGGAACCGAGCACUCCUGGCUAUUCAACUAUGAGCAUGGCUUUGACUACCUGACUCAGUUGCCCUCUGGUGGGGAGACAGCCAACAAGAUGAUGCUGGGAGGGGGCUUUGGACAGCAUGCAGAUCGAGGGGUUAUGGCUCUGGGCGUCGCUUCUGAUAACGAGGGAGUCCCGCCGUAUACGCUGAACCAUCUGAAGACAACACUCCAGAAGGCGUUCGACCAGGAGCAUUGGGGCGAAUGGAGCGCUGAGCGGGAUGUUGACACGGCGUGGACGGGAAACAUGGGCUUCAGCGCAGAUGGAUAUCCGUGGAUCGGCAAGCUCCCGCAUUCUGCGUCUGGCCGAGGGGAAGUAGUGCAGGGAGGGGGAGGUCCUGGAGCCGAAUGGUUGUCGUGUGCGUUCUCGGGCGAAGGCAUGGUGCAGGCUUGGCUGUGUGGGAAAGCAGUGGGCAUGAUGGUGUUGGCCCACGAUGGACGAUUGGCCGGAGAGGUGGAUCUCUCAUGGGUGCCUGAUCAGAUGUUCGUGACUGAGGAGCGGAUCAAGAGAUCGGUUCUGCCACGAGUGGCCCCCGAUCAUCGGGCGUCGCAACUGUGA